GGGGGUGCACAGUGAGGAACUGAGGAUACAUGACGUCACGAGCAUCCAGCAUUAGGCAGCAGCAACGGAAAAAGCAGGAUCGAGCAUCAUCUCCCUUCUCCGCCAGCGGUCUUCGCCCUCUCCAGCUCUCCCUCGCGCCGACCACAAGGCUCUCCGUUCCGGCCAUAAGCAUGAGCUGUUCCCCUGCCCUGCUCGCGGCGCUCCUGGCGGGCCUCGCGGCCGCCGCGUCCUCCCUGGAGGUGUUCGAUAACCAGCUGGGCGACAUCAGCUACUGCAAGAAGCAAUGCCAGCUCCUCGUCAAAAACAAAGGCCCCGCUAAAGACUCCAUAAUGAACGCCUGCUACCGCGGCUGUCGACUCUACUCCAUCUGCCAGUUUGUCAACGGCAACGCCGGCUUCAACACCAGCAAGGACGAGUGUCAGGGAGCGUGCCAGGAGGCUUAUGCCAAGCUUUUGGAACAGGACGCGUGCAACACCGGCUGCGCCAGCCAGCCGUCUGAACCCGAAAUCAAGAGGAGGAAGCUCAAAGCAAUGACCCUGCGCCCCAAGCCACCUUCUGUUAUGGAGGCCGUGUCCAGUUGGUGCAAUGACAUCGUCAGCUCUGCCCAGAGUUUCAUCUCCUCCACUUGGACUUUUUACCUGCAGGCUGAUGACGGCAAAGUUGUUGUUUUUCAGAGCCAACCGGAGAUGGAGUACUCUUUUCCCGAGCUGCAGGCUCCUCGCUCCGAUGUGGCUGACGGGCCCUGGCCUCAAGUGCACUCGCACACACAGAAGCCUCACGGUGUGAGGGGUCGUGGCGAGAAGUCGGGCUCCAAAACAGGAAGCAGAGGCAAGCAUCAGGUCCAGCAUGCUGAAGACAGUGCCGCCGCUGCCGAACAUGACUUCCUGGGCUGCAUGUCGAGGCGUUCGGGUCUGCCACGUUGGAUUUUGGCGGCGUGCCUCUUCCUCUCCAUUAUGGUCAUGUUGUGGCUCAGCUGUGCAAGCUUGGUCACAGCGCCAGACCAGCACAUCAAGACGCAGCUGAGCAUCAACGGUGACAAAGAGUUCCUCGACGACGUAGAGCCCAAGGUCAAUCCGUUCCAGCUGAGCCCUCUGCUGGCUGUGAGCAUCAAACGGGCGUCCGUCGACGGCGACCAGGAGGCCGGACCGCUACCAGUCAAGGUGGACCUUGACAAGACGCGUGUCUAGAAGAUACCAGGGAUUCCCCUCACUCAGUCACUGGAUUUAUUUUUAAUAUUAUUCUUAUUUUGAAAGGAGCACAACACCCUCCGAGUCAUAGUUAUUUUGUUGUUUGAUUGGAUGGCCGGUCUGAGGACUUUGGUGUCUUUUCUAAAUUCAUCGUCCAUUCACCAUCUCCCAUUCACGGUCACGAACGUCCAGGUACGGCCAUCAACUUUGUACUCCACGCUCACCUAGCAUUUUGUCCUCGCAAAGAGCAGAAAGUAUUGUAUUCAUUCUCAAAGACUGAAGUGCCAUGCAAAGUCAUUGAGCUGCCUGUAAUAUACAUUGUAACCAUAGACAUAGAGGAUUAUUUAACAAGGAGUUUUAGAGCCUCACUGAAACUAAAAUGGCAAAAUCAAUACCAGAUAAUAUCAAAAGGGUAUUUUUGCUCUGAGAAAAAUGCCAGCAUUUUUUGAAAAAUAGAAAAAAUAUGGAUUGAAAAACAAGUUAAACUGGAAGUUUUUCUCUAAAAGAGAAUACAGUCAAGCAGUGACUUCAAAACACAAUUAUGACUUUGAAUAAAGCACUUACCAUACAACUUUGCCAUCUGCUGAUGUGAAGCUGCUCUGUUCAGUUGCCUUUCAGGUGCGCGCUGACAGUGACGUCACACGUCAACCGUUAUAUUUCAGAUUUUGAGCACGUCCGGUCUGCACGGUCCGCCCCGGAACAGUGGGUAACCUAUCAUUUGGACUGUGAUAGUGCUGAUCCGGGCCGCGUCUGGUGCACUGACAAUAAGCGGGAGUGAUUGCUAUGCGAUCUGGCAAGUUGAGGCUAGAUCCGGCUUGCAGUCGCCUGCUAUUAGGGAAUAUUUUCCCAUGUUUGGCAGGAGGAAAAAAAAAGAAUCUGAAUAAAUCAAAAAAACAAACAAAAAAAAAAAACAAAAAAACAACUAAAUUUUCUUUUGCGGAAAUAAAAAAUCUCCCUCAAAACAUUCUAGUUCAAGAAAUAUAAAUAUGCAUACAUAUAAAUUUGUUCAUGUAACUUUUUUUGUUGUUGAAAUUUUGAACAAUCUUUAUCUAGUUUCUUUUUUAUUUUAUUUUAUUUUUUCCCUGGGCCUAUUGUGAAAGCCAGGAAAGAUAGUUUUGUUGUUUAAAUCUAUUGUUCUUUUGAAUUGCAAAAUUCCCCCCAGAAAUAGUCUUGCUGAUUUCCAUAAAGUCACUUUAAAAUUAUCUGACUUUAUUUGUAAAAUAACAAGAAUUCCAGAUACAGUGGGGCAAAUAAGUAUUUAGUCAACCACCAAUUGCGCAAGUUCUCCUACCUGAAAAAGAUUAGAGAGGCCUGUAAUUGUCAAGAUGGGCAAACCUCAACCAUGAGAGACAGAAUGUGGGAAAAAAAACCAGAAAAUCACAUUGUCUGAUUUUUAAAGAAUUUAUUUCCAAAUUAGAGUGGAAAAUAAGUAUUUGGUCACCUACCAACAAGCAGGAUUUCUGGCUGUCAAAGAGGUCUAACUCCUUCUAACGAGGUCUAACGAGGCUCCACUCAUUACCUGUAUUAAUGGCACCUGUUUUAACUCAUUACCGGUAUGAAAGACACCUGUCCACAACCUCAGUCAGUCACACUCACAACUUCACUAUGGCCAAGACCAAAGAGCUGUCGAAGGACACCAGACACAAAAUUGUAGACCUGCACCAGGCUGGGAAGACUGAAUCUGCAAUAGGUAAAACGCUUGGUGUAAAGAAAUCAACUGUGGGAGGAAUUAUUAGAAAAUGGAAGACAUACAGUACAAGAUCACUGAUAAUCUCCCUUGAUCUGGGGCUCCAUGCAAGAUCUCACCCCGUGGCGUCAAAAUAAUAACAAAAACGGUGAGCAAAAAUCCCAGAACCACAUAGAGGGACCUAGUGAAUGACCUACAGAGAGCUGGGACCACAGUAACAAAGGCUACUACCAGUAACACAAUGCGCCGCCAGGGACUCAAAUCCUGCAUGCCUGACGUGUUGAAAGUCUGUGUUGCCCAAUAACAGCCCCAAAACAUCACUGCUCUAGAGGAGAUCUGCAUGGAGGAAUGGACCAAAAUACCAGCAACAGUGUGUGAAAAGCUUGUGAAGAGUUACAGAAAACGUUUGGCCUCCGUUAUUGCCAACAAAGGGUACAUAACAAAGUAUUGAAAUGAACUUUUGGUAUUGACCAAAUACUUAUUAUCUACCAUGAUUUGCAAAUAAAUUCUUUUUAAAAAAAAAAUUCCCACAUUCUGUCUGUCAUGGUUGAGGUUUACCCAUGUUGACAAUUAUCCAUGUUGACAAUUACAGGCUUUCUAAUAUUUUCAAGUGGGAGACAUUUUACACACUUUUGCACAAUUAGUGGUUGACUAAAUAUGUAUUUGCCCCACUGUGAAAGAAAAUAAUUUCACAUUGUUUCCUGACUAUCACUUUUUUUCCUUGAAAAACACUUUCGCAAAAUCAGAACACGUUUCCAGCUAACAUUACAAUAUUUUUUUCUCUUAAAAAUCACUUCAUUAUGAUACAAUAACAACUUCCCGAACAUCACAACUUCAUCAUGGUAGUUAAAUUGAAGUUUUCUUGUCAGCGUGGCUCUAAAAUUACUUGAAAAUUCUUGUAUAUUAACUUAAACGCAUACGAUGUAAAUGCUCCCAUUAUUACUUCAGGUGCUGUUUGAAGUACGUUCAGUAUAUACGAUAUGUGUGCCGUGUGCAAUCACAAUUUUGUAUGUCCCAAUCAGAAGCACACGGUGUAGCCAAUUCAAUUGUUUGUGUGUGAUGGAGCACACUUUGCUUUGUGCUUUUUUGCAGUCCUUUAGCGCUCUCGGAAUCCCCCAAAAGAAGCGUGCAUGCCCAGUCAAGCUUUCAUAGUUGAAUCCCGAUUGGCCGUAUCUUCACUAAGGCUCGUCUCCACUGUAGAUAACUCACUUUUUUUGUGCUCUUAUUUACCCUAAACAUGCCUAGAAAGUGUAUAAUACUAACAAUCAUUGGCAGAAGGAAUGUCGAGAUGAUCAGAAGGACUUAUAAACGACAAUAAUAGCAAAAGCCAUUCCAUCAAUCAUGAAGUGAACAUGUAUCACAAAGAAUAUGAUGUGAAUUUACAAAUAUUGAAUUGGUUCCUUUUUACUGCGCUGUUCAUAUUCAAUAAUUGCAACAAUGAAUAAAGUCUUUUCAUCGACAAUAACAAUGACGAGCGUUUUUUUUUUUGUUGUU